AUGAAAACAUCACAUUUCACUGGUGCAAAAAUUUUAAUCCUGCAACUGACCCCAGACUUACCUCUGGAAGGAGAAAGUCUACACAUCUGUGAGGAUGCACUUAACAUCGUGCAUAAGACAAGGGAAGAUUUAUCCGAUAGGCCCAUGGAAAACCCCGAGUUGACACUGUUCACAGAUAGAUCAUCAUACCUAGUAGAAAAUCAGAGAUUUACCGGUGCAGCAGUAGUGAGAGCCUCUGAAAUCCUUUGGUACUCGUCCUUACCAUCUACUAUGAAUGCUCAAGGGGCAGAAUUAGUCGGAUUGAUUCACGCUCUAAGGCUUGCCGAAAAUCAGAGAGCUAACAUUUACACCAAUUCCCGUGCUAUCUCAGAGCACUGCAAACACUUUUUUGAAGCAACAUACCUGGAAGCUAAUCAACACUUUUCCCACUCCAUAUGGAUCAUUCAGGUUAUUAACAGUUUUUUUGCCAUUACAGAUAAUGCUGCCAUGAAAAUAUUUGAACAAACAGAGAUUUUAUUCCAUUUUCUUCCAUCUCUUUUAUGGUUAAAUGUAGGGGAAGCAGUCUCCAAAGAGAAUGAAGUCCCAUUGGUGGUGAUAGGGACUGUGGGGAAAUCAGUCAUUCUUCCCUUGAGGAUCACACCAGACAAGAAGAUACGAAAUGUUGUCUGGCUUUCUAAGACUUCCAUUGCCACUGUCCAAAUAAAGGGACAAAACAUCACUUUCAUAGUGACUGAUUCUCAAUAUGAUGAUCGACUGGAAAUUCUCAAGGCAAACUACUCCUUGCAAAUUAAUAAUUUGAAGAUAGAAGAUGAAAAUGACUAUAAGGGACAAAUAACCUUCGAGGAUUCAGUUCCAUCUGAACCCUUUAUUAAAAAUUACAAACUAUAUGUGUAUGAGGAACUGAGCAAACCUGAAGUUAUAGUAAAUAAUACAGUGUCUAAGAAUGAUACCUGUAAUGUCAGCCUGCUGUGUCAUGUGGAAAAGGAAGAGAAAAACGUGACUUACAACUGGAUAUCUCUGAAAGGUGUAGAGGAGGAGAUCCUCCAAGAGGGACCCAUCCUCACAGUCUCCUGGAGAUCUGGGGAAAGUGAGCCAAACUUAAUCUGCAGAGUCACAAAUCCUGUCAGCAAUCGCAGUGUCCUGGCAAAUCUUUCUAUGGAGCUCUGUACAGAUCCUCAAGGAAUACCAGUUUGGAUUAUAAGAAUAGGAAUUGCUUUUCUAGUUUUACUCUGCAUAGUCUUCAUCAUAGUGGCUGUGUUUAUUUGGAAGAAAAAAGGAAAAGGUUUCUUCUGUGUCUCUUAUAAUCACAUUCAGCAACAUGAGACUAUCAUGGAGAGUGUCACAGUAUAUGCACAAGUGAAUCAUCCAAACAUGGAAAAUGCUGAAUGUUCUAAUAUCUCAAACCAAAAGAAUUCCCUCACAAUUUACUCUACUAUCCAGUCAUUUAAAAAGAAGAAUGGAACCAAACUUCCUGAAACUGCUUCUGGCAAAGACAUCUAA